AUGGCGCUUUACAGAUUUCGCUCAGCUUCUUCUCUCAUCUCCAAGUUUCUUCCUCCCUCCAACACUCUCCGCUCUUUCUCGUCAGAAACCCAAUCAGUGAAAAAGAAAAUAAUGAAUUAUAUAGCCCACCUCGACAUAAACUCACAAAUUGGAAGUUGUAUGCCGCUCAUCGCAAUGCAAAUCGACACAAUUAUUCACAACAUAGAGGUCAACCCAGGUUAUGGGGGGAAGCUGGUUCACUCGACGGGCACUUCAGCCAAGCUUUUGAAGGACCCCAUUGGAAGGUACUUUUUGGUGAUGCUGCCUUUGAAGGAUGAGAAAUUGAUUGAUACUAAAUGCCAGGCUAUGAUUGGUUCAGUGUCAAACCCGAGUCAUAACACGAAGAAGCUUAGGAAGGCGGGGCAGAGCAGGUGGUUGGGGCGAAGACCAGUGGUUAAAGGAAUGGCAAUGAAUCCAGUUGAUCAUCCUCAUGGAAGAGGUGACGGAGGAACCUGGAGUAGUGGUAGUCAUGGAAGGACUUCGCUUACGCCAAGGGGAAAACCUUGUAAGUCAGGUUACAAGACUGUUUCUCCUAAGAAGAGAAAGUAAGGGGGAUUAUUAUGCGUUUGAGUUUGAAUGAUUUUGUUUAUCGUUAAUAAGAUUCAAGUCUAUUUUUGGAUUGAUUUUAA